AUGGUAAACACAUCUCCAAAUGCAACACAUAUAGAAGAAAAGGAAAUCAAAGAAGAACCGAUUGGUGAAGAUGAUAUCAUUAUUGAUAGAACACCAACAGUCUCCGAAACUUACGUGAAACCCAAAAUUGAAGAAGAAACACAAGCAGAUGUCGAUGCAAUCAAAAAACAGUCGAUUUCGCAAAUUUUUGACCAAAUUGCUGAAAAUUACACAAAUCUUGGAAAUGCAUCUGAAGUUCGAAAUGCGCCAUCAGUUAAAAGUUAUGGCUGUGAUACCGAAAGCGAAUACGAAUUCAGCGAUGACGGAAGCGAAUUUGGAGACGAUUUUAAGAAAAUCACAAGCGAAGCUUUGGAUUCUGACGAUGAAUUCGACAAACUUGUUCAUUAUUCGUCGCGCCUGAUCAAAAAAAUCCAUCAAGUCGAAUAUUCCGAAAACGGGAAAAAGAGUCGACGAGGUGCGAAAAAUGCAGCGAAAGCCAAUAUUAUGAAUGAAUAUGAUAAUUUGCCGCCGAUCGAAAAGCUCACCAUCAAAUGUGAUAGUAGUUUAAUCGAAUUCGGAUAUAUAUCAAAAACCGUCGAUUGUAUUGUGGUCAUCGAGUCAACAAGCAAUGUUAUUUUGGAUUUUGAUUCCUAUCUCUUCGAUGAGAAAGCUGAUGUAAUUGGUCAAAUUUAUGAUAUUUUCGGUCAAGUCAAAUCACCAAACUAUGCUGUUCGAUUCAACACACGAGAAGAGGCUUCAUUGUUUCCUAUUGGCAUGAAGGUUUACUAUGCGCCGAAUGAGGAGGAAUUCUCAAAAACUCCAUUCAAAGGUUUGAAUUUGGCAGCGGCGAAUCGCGAAACUCUCGAAAAGCUGAACAAGAAGCUUGAUCAGGAUGAUGCUAUUCAGCGGGUUAAAGAAAAGAAGCAUAUUGAUGGUGUCGAUAGCGACGUGGAAUUCAGCGAUGAUGAAGCUGAGAAAGCGUUUCGGACAAAUCUGAAGCUUCAAGAAGGUCGAGCGCAGCAUGGACGAGGCGGUGGAGCAGGCGGGAAUCGAAAGAGAGAUAGAAGGGGUGGAAGGGUACAGUUCUCGGAUCGAAGGGGAAAUGGACAGAGAGGAGGAAGGCCGGAUAGACCUCAUCCAUUUGCAUGGCAGCAUCCGAGCAGCAGAAAUCCUCAAACUCAAACAGUUUCUUCUCCAGCGCCUGUUGUUGCUCCAACACCAGCUCCUGCUGCUCCAGCUCCUUCUGCAUCGACCAACGACAAUCCGUAUGCAGAAUUCGGAUGUUAUUCAGGAUUCUCGGGCCGAUUUGGCAUUUAA